AUGCAUGUUAUUCAUCUUUAUUCUGUCACUCAGGUUUUUAUCUUAUCUUUGAAUCUCAGUCAUGGUCUAUAUUGGUUCUUAUUUCCUUGUUCUCUUGUGAUAUGUAAUGAUAUUGCUGCUUACAUUUGUGGUCGAUGGUUUGGUCGAACAAGACUGAUUUCUUUAAGUCCAAAUAAAACUUUGGAAGGUUAUAUUGGUGCCUGCUUCAUCACUCUGCUAUUUGGUAGAUGGACUCAACAUCAAAUUCCUGAUCACAUGCAAUAUCAUGGUGUUAUCUUAGCUCUCUAUGCUUCAUUGGUGGCACCUUUUGGUGGAUUUUUAGCCAGUGCGUUGAAAAGAGCAAAAGGGAUUAAGGAUUUUGAUCAACAAUUUAUACCUGGACACGGUGGAAUGAGUGAUAGGAUGGAUUGUCAAUUACUCAUUGGAUUCUUUACCUUGGUAUAUCUUCAUUCUGUAGUUAUUUGA